GGAUAUUCACUUAUUCAGCCACACCAAAACGAGCUGAAGAGUGUAGCGCUCUCCUCCCUCCUGUUCAACUAUUGCAAAUUCCAGACAGAUGAUGUUGUAAUUUUGUGGUCUUGUUAUUAAAUUCAAGGUUUGCGAUUGAGUUGAAUGGGAACGCUCACUACCUGCACUUUGAGCACCCUGGAUUUCAAUUUCACUGUCAAAUCCCGUCAAAUUCCGAAUUUCAGAUUACCCAAGAAGCCCAAGAGUUCAUGCUUCUUGUGCAGAAGAAGCAUACAGAGCGAGAGAGUUUGGUUCCCGCGUAGGAGUUUUCGUAGGCUUAGAUGUUAUAGCUCUAGUGAUAAUGGUAACCAUGAAGGAGAGACCAGCAGCAGCGGCAGUAGUAAUAAGUCAACAACUGACUCGGCCACCACGACGACGACAACAACGGCUUCACCGCCAGAAGUGGCCGAAGAUACACGCACGAACGACUAUGACUCUGACCCUCCAUCGGUUUCUUCCAGGCCACCAACUAUAUCACCACUUGGACCCGCUUACAAUAAUUUCCAAGUUGACUCUUUCAAACUGAUGGAACUCCUUGGACCCGAGAAGGUUGAUCCUGCUGAUGUAAAGCUGAUUAAGGAAAAGCUUUUUGGUUAUUCUACCUUUUGGGUGACCAAAGAGGAGCCUUUUGGAGACCUUGGUGAGGGUAUUCUCUUCCUCGGGAAUUUGAGGGGAAAGAGAGAAGAGGUCUUUGCCAAAUUCCAGAGUCUACUGGCUGAGGUCACAGGUAAUAAGUACAACCUUUUUAUGGUGGAGGAACCCAAUGCAGAAGAUCUAGAUCCACGUGGUGGGCCGCGUGUUAGCUUUGGGUUGCUGCGGAAAGAGGUCUCAGAACCAGGGCCAACAACACUUUGGCAAUAUGUAAUUGCUUUCUUGUUAUUCCUUCUAACAAUUGGAUCAUCUGUAGAGUUAGGAAUUGCAUCUCAGAUAAAUAGACUGCCACCAGAGGUGGUGAAGUACUUCACAGAUCCAAAUGCCAUUGACCCACCAGAUAUGGAGUUGCUAUUUCCCUUUGUAGACUCGGCUUUGCCCCUAGCAUAUGGUGUUCUGGGGGUUUUGCUAUUUCACGAAGUUGGGCAUUUUCUGGCUGCUUUCCCAAAGAAAGUGAAACUUAGCAUUCCUUUCUUCAUUCCUAAUAUUACUCUUGGCAGUUUUGGAGCAAUCACUCAGUUUAAAUCCGUUCUUCCUGAUCGGAGCACAAAAGUUGACAUAUCACUUGCGGGCCCGUUUGCUGGUGCUGCAUUGUCGCUGUCAAUGUUUGCAGCAGGGCUGCUGCUCUCAUCUAACCCCAAUACCACAGGAGAUCUAGUGCAGGUUCCAAGUAUGUUGUUUCAGGGUUCUUUGCUUCUUGGACUUAUCAGUAGAGCUACUCUUGGUUAUGCAUCAAUGCAUGCUGCGACUGUUCCAAUUCAUCCUCUUAUGAUUGCUGGCUGGUGUGGGUUGACAACAACAGCUUUUAAUAUGCUUCCCGUGGGGUGUCUUGAUGGUGGAAGAGCUGUGCAGGGUGCUUUUGGAAAAAAUGCCCUAGUUGCCUUUGGCUUGACGACGUACACGUUGCUUGGAUUGGGAGUGGUCGGCGGACCUCUGUCACUUCCAUGGGGACUCUAUGUGCUCAUAUGCCAGAGGACUCCAGAGAAACCUUGCCUAAAUGAUGUAACAGAGGUUGGAACGUGGAGAAAAACAAUUGUCACGGUGGCAGUUUUCCUUGUCGUGCUCACACUUCUUCCUGUAUGGGAUGAGCUUGCAGAGGAGCUAGGUAUAGGUCUUGUAACCACAUUUUGAUGUAUCAUACGUGAAAGUUAAUUUUUCGUCUGUUAACAUUUUGAUAGUGAUGCGAUAGCUAUAAAGUUGGUGAAUUCAAUAUGCAUUCAACAUAAUAAAAUGCCAAUUUUCAUAUUUGAUA